AUGCUUUUCAAUGCAUGUGCUCAAUUACGUAAUGAACGUGCAUUAAAAAUUAAGAAUAGUUUUCUUAAUCAAAUGUCAAAACUAUUUAAUAGUACUAAUCAUGUAGUUAAUUCAUUUUUAAAUAUAUUAAUAAAAUUUCGUGAUAUAUCAAGUGCAGAAAAUGUAUUUGUUCAAAUGAAGACCAAAGAGAUUAUUACUUGUGGUAUAAUAAUGCAAGAGGGAAAAGUUGGUUAUGUUGGUAAAGCAUUAAACAUAUUUGAUCAUGUUGAAAAACCUAAUAUAAUGAUUUAUACAGCUAUGAUUAAUUCAUUUGGACUUAAUGGAAUGGGUCAUGAAGCUGUUGAUUUGUAUCGACGAAUGCCUAUUGAUAUUCAUGAUGAAGUUACUUAUAUUUGUAUAUUGAAUGCAUGUUCUCAUUCGGGUCUUAUUGAUGAAGCUCAUUCUAUUUAUAAUAACAUUAAAGUCAAAACAGAAAGAAUUACUACCGCUAUGGUAGAUUGUAUGAGUCGUAUGUUUAUGUUUGAUGAAGCUCAACAAUUAAUUGAUAAUUUUGAAUUAUCUCAUCCACCUGGUUUUGCCAUGUAUAGAAAUAUCGAUUUUAUCAAAAAAUUAUUGUUUGAUAAUGUUCUUGGUAGUAUAGAGUCAUCACCACAUACAGAUAAACAACGUCGAUGGCGUGCUAAGAAAAAAGAUCAACAUCAUCGUACUCAAUUAUCUCUACGUCAUUUACUAGUUGAACAAAUUGAAUUAAAUAGAAUCAGUUUAGGUCAUAUCUUAUGUGAUCCUUCAAUGAAUGCAACAGCUAGAUCUUUAGCUCGUGCUGCAUACGGUGAAAAAGUAUCAUUCAACGAUUUGGCUCCAGGAGAAUUUGAUCUUCUUUUGAUUUUUUUUGCUCGAAUUCAUCAAUUAACUGUUGUAUCUGUCCGUGUUGACAGUCAAUUAAUCAAGAACUCUUAA